AUGAAGAAUUCUUCACGAUCAGAAGUAAGUGAAUCAACCACAACUCCUAUCUUAUCAUCUCCAUCAUCUUAUAACUUUUUACCAGAAACUAAGAUAAGUACACUUAUAGUAUCUCAUCCCGAAGAGACUUCAUUUGAAAGUGUAUCAGCUAAUAAUAUCUCACCAAAAACUAAGAUCUCAUCUACACUUCAGAUAACACCUUUGGUACUUGCUUUGCUAAUUACUAUUUUGGAAUAUGCACAGAGUGUUAGUAUGUAA